ACACUAUCAAUUCAUUCUAAUAUCAAUUAACUCAAAAGUAAAAUGUUUAUCUUAAGUUCACUGGUCAUCUCUGCUUUCUUAAUAAUAUCGACUACAUGUUUUGAUAUAAAUAACGUUAAUAAAAAUAUAACUGUGUUAAAAAAACAUUCUUAUAUGAAUUUAAAUCUGGUGGUCUCAAUACGAAUUCAAAAUUGCAGUGUGAAAAUUAUUGAAGAAGAAGCUUUUAAAAAUGUGUCCGUUUUAUUAUUGGAGAUUACUGAUAACAAUAUUAAAAAUUUAACCAAUGGAAGUUUUGCUGAAGUGUUGUUUGUUGAUCUUAUUUUAGAUCGUAACGAAAUAGAAUUGAUCGAAGAAGGUACUUUCAAUAAUAUUCAUCCUUUGUGGAAAGGAUUAUUAUCCCUACAGAAAAAUAAUAUAGAAACGAUAGAAAAAGGAGUAUUUAAUGGUACCGAUAUUCGAAUUUUAUCUUUAGACGAUAAUCAAAUUACAAAUAUUCAACCUGGUGCUUUUGAACAAAUGCAUCACCUUCGAAUUUUGACUUUAAGUAAAAAUAAGUUGAGGAACAUUGGUGUUGGGAUUUUCCAGAAUUUUCCUGGGCUGUUUUCUCUGGAUUUAUCAGAAAAUCAUAUAAACAAAAUUGAUAAAUUGGCUUUUGAGGAUGAUAAAGAGUUAUUUCUUAAUUUGGAAAAUAACACGAUUUCUACCGAAGUAUCAAAAUGGUACUUUGAGAAUACGAAAAUUAUUGCUUUGUUUAAAUAAAAUGUGUUUAAUUGUACAGG